AUGUCAGAAUCCCUACCUACAAUACUAUAUUUGUUUUCUGAUUGCCCAGACAAACUUAUCUAUUUUGAAGGCCUCACAAGAAUAAAAAAUAAUUUGCAAUUCAUUUUUAUUGAACAUAUAAACAUUGUAUAUAUCUCCCUUUAUAUUGCUUUUCUUUCUUUCGCACUUUAUUUUAUUUUAUUUUUCUUUCUUCUUUUUUUUAUUUUGUUCUUUCUUUCUUUUGUCCUUUCUUUCGUACUUUCUUUCUUUUUUCGUUCUUUCUUUCUUUCUUACUUUUGUUCUUUCUUUCGUUCUUUCUUUCUUUUUUCGUUCUUUCUUUUCUUACUUUUCUUCUUUCUUUCUUUCUUUCUUUCUUUCUUUCGUUUGUUCUUUCUUUCGCCCUUUCUUUCUUUUUUCGUUAUUUCUUUCAUAUUUCUUUUUCUUUUUUCUUUCUUUCUUUCUUUCUUUUUUCGUUAUUUCUUUCUUUCUUUCUUUCUUUCGACCUUUCUUUCGUUUGUUCUUUCUUUCGACCUUUCUUUCUUUUUUCGUUAUUUCUUUCAUUUUUCUUUUUUCUUUCGUUCUUUCUUUCUUUUUUCGUUAUUUCUUUCUUUCUUUCUUUCUUUCUUUCUUUCUUUCGUUUUUUCUUUCUUUCGCCCUUUCUUUCUUUUUUCGUUAUUUCUUUCAUUUUUCUUUUUUCUUUUUUCUUUCUUUCUUUUUUCGUUAUUUCUUUCUUUCUUUCUUUCUUUCGUUUGUUCUUUCUUUCGCCCUUUCUUUCUUUUUUCGUUAUUUCUUUCUUUUUUCUUUUUUCGUUCGUUCUUUCUUUCUUUCUUUUUUCGUUAUUUCUUUCUUUCUUUCUUUCUUUCGUUUGUUCUUUCUUUCGCCCUUUCUUUCUUUUUUCGUUCUUUCUUUCUUACUUUUGUUCUUUCUUUCGUUCUUUCUUUCGUUCUUUCUUUCUUUUUUCGUUCUUUCUUUUCUUACUUUUCUUAUUUCUUUCUUUCUUUCUUUCUUACUUCCUUUCUUUCUUCCUUUCUUUCUUUUUUCGUUAUUUCUUUCAUUUUUCUUUUUUCUUUUUUCUUUAGGUCUUUCUUUCUUUUUUCGUUAUUUCUUUCUUUCUUUCUUUCUUUCUUUCGUUUGUUCUUUCUUUCGCCCUUUCUUUCUUUUUUCGUUAUUUCUUUCAUUUUUUCUUUUUUUCUUUUUUCUUUCGUUCUUUCUUUCUUUUUUCGUUCUUUCUUUCUUUCUUUCUUUCUUUCGUUUGUUCUUUCUUUCGCCCUUUCUUUCUUUUUUCGUUAUUUCUUUCAUUUUUCUUUUUUCUUUUUUCUUUCGUUCUUUCUUUCUUUUUUCGUUCUUUCUUUCUUUCUUUCUUUCUUUCGUUUGUUCUUUCUUUCGCCCUUUCUUUCUUUUUUCGUUAUUUCUUUCAUUUUCUUUUUUUCUUUCGUUCUUUCUUUUUUUUUUUCGUUAUUUCUUUCUUUCUUUCUUUCUUUCGUUUGUUCUUUCUUUCGCCCUUUCUUUCUUUUUUCGUUAUUUCUUUCUUUCUUUCUUUCUUUUGUUCUUUCUUACGUUCUUUCUUUUUUUCUUUCUUUCUUCUUCUCACUUUCCUACACUGACAAUUCUGAGCGAUUGUUUUCAUUUUUCUAUCCAUUUCUUUCCUCUUUGAGGUUUUCAUUUCUUUCUCUCUCUUUCUCUCUCCCUUUCUCUCUCUCUCACUCUUCCAUUCACUCUCCCUUUAUCUCCCUCUCUCUCCCUUUCUCUCUCUCCCUCUCUGAUUUUUGCAAUGUUCCCAAUAUUUGUCUAUUUGUCAAUCUUUCUCGAUUUAAAUUUCAUUCUCUUCUUGCCUUUACUCUCUCUUUCUCUCUUCUUUAUAUUCGCUUCAAAUUUCUUCUUGUGUACCCACCUCUCUCUCUCUCUCUCUCACUCUCUCUCACUCUCUCUCUCUCUCUCUCUCUCUCGCACGCUCGUGCGCUUUCUAUGAAUUUACUUUUUCUGUGUUUCAAUAUUCUCUCUUUAUCAGUCCCCUUCAUUUUUAAAUUCUUGUUUCACUUGCCUGGCCACUUAACCUUACUUCCCCUCUCUAUCCACCUUUGUCCUUUUUCCUCUUUCUCUCACUCUAUCUACAAAUUAUUAUUUUUCCAUGUCCUCGCUAUUUCUCACUUUAUCAAUCCCUUCUUUUUUUUUCUUCUCUUUCUUCUCCCUCUCUUUCUCUUUCGUUUUAUUUGCCUGCCUUAUUUCCUUACAUGCCUUUCCCUUUCCUUUCUGGAAUGUUGCGUAUUUUUCCUACUCCUCUGUAUUUCUCCCUCAAUUUUUCCCUCUUUAUCACAUCUCCUUACUCUCCCUCUUUGUCUCCCACUCUUUAUCUGUUUCUAUUUUUUUUUAUUCUUUCUUUUCUACCUGCGACCUCCUGCAUAUCAAAUUAAAUCUCUCUUCUCAUUCUCUUCUAUUUUUCAUUCUCAAACUUCCUUUCUUGCUUGCCUCCUUCCCCAUCCUCCUAACUUUUUCUCUCACUCCUCUUUGCCAUGUCUACUCCACCUAUCCCUCUCUCCCUCUCUCAUUAUCGCCCUCUUUUCUUCCCCCACUUCUAUUCCAACGUAA